UUAAAAUCAAUGGUACAACCUAUAUAAAUGCCAUAAUUAUUUCAAUCAUGAAUCACAAUGCAAGAAUUGUUCUAUUUCUCUUAGUCGAACAGUGCCCCAGAUGUCUCAUAAUAUUUUGCUGACUGGUGCCUCAGGCUACCUCGGCGGCACAAUACUUGCACGCUUAUCCAGUGCCAAUUUGCCUCCAUAUGGAAAGCUUUUCGCCUUGGUACGAUCGGAUGAGCAAGCCGAGGGUGUAAAGCGUUACGGUGCAGAGCCUCUGAAAUUCAACGCCAACGAUGCCACGGAGGUUCAAGACGUCGUGGUCAACAAUGAGAUCUCAAUUAUAUACUACCUCAUUGAUUUUCAGCAUUCCCACCAGCAGGUAAACUUCAUACAUGCCCUAGCUGAGGUCAAGAAGGCUACAGGAAAACAGGUUCAUAUAAUACAUACUUCGGGAGCAAAGAUGUUCUCGAACCAAGCGGGGACUCUCACCAACCGGCCGCUUAGAGAUAAUGAGCUUGACAUAUAUCAGAUUCAAAAAAACCAAAAGGCACCUUAUACCAUGUUGCAGAAUGGUACCGAUACAAACAACACUGUUAUAGAUACAGCGGAGUCACUUGGCGUUAGAAGCUACAUUUUUGCGCCUUCCAUCGUGUAUGGCAAGGGAGAAGGUUUUGGCAACCAAAUCUCAAUCCAAACAACUGCCAUUGUGAAAGCAGCGUUAUGUGUUAAGAGGGUAUACAGCACCGAUUCGGGACGUCCGUCUUGGCCUGUAAGUCACGUUAUCGACAAUACCACCCUAUAUUUGCAGAUACUCCGCGUCAUUCUCGAAGGUGGCCAGCUGGAUUACGGGAAGAAUGGGUAUUACCUUGCCGCGACCGGAAGCGUUGUCUGGGAAGAUUUGUAUUCGGCGAUGGCACAGGCUCUGAAAAAGCGGGGUGUCUUGACCGACGACUCUGUAACUAUUGCUGAUGAUGCUACUCUUGAAAGAAUGGGUGAAGGUCUUGGAUGUCCGAAGGACAUGGUCCCAUUGUUACUUGGAGGAAGAUGUACAUUCACUGCGGAACACGGUAAAGAAAUUGGUUGGCAGCCAGAGUUCAGGCCGGAGCAUAUCCUUGAGGAUGCUGAUGCGGAGGUGGAAUUGGUCUUGCAGAGUUUAACUUAGAGAGUGCCCCCGCUGCUGGCCUGCCAUCAGGCCAUUGAAAGCGCACUUGUCACGGAUGUUGGGAGUCGAGUUUAGGCUGUGAUGAUUAUAAUUAUAAUUGCAUUAUAUGUCGCAUUGACUUAAUUUUGUUCCUAAUCUAUAACGCUUAGAUCGAUAACGACCAU